AUGUAUGUACAAUAUAUACAUAUUGGUUUAGGUGAAUCGCCGCAAAUGAAGCUUUUGUUAAUCUGGAGAUUUGGCUGCAAAUCUCUUUGUACCUAUGUUUGUACGUUUAACCCAACUAACGUAUACCUGCUACCCUCAUCUUCAGAUAAAACGAUGUUUUGCCAACCAUCUAGAGACUAUAAAGAGAUUGUGGACCAAUGUCAAGAGUUCUCAGAAAAGAUACCUAGCAAAGAAUUCAUUAGCACCCGUUGUAUACAUUUCUUAAUAAAGAUCUGUGUAAAUACUUGUCUUCUAGCCAACAUUGGCGGUUGUAUUUACUUUAUCUAUUUAAAAUUGAAUAAUGCCAAAUAUAUCAACAAAAAAUCUGAGCAGUUUCGUGCCUUAGCUGUCUUUUAUUACUACAACUACAAAUGGUGCUACAUAUUGACAAGGACCUUACUUGAAGAAAAGCUUCAAAAACCAACAGGAUUAAUUGGAGGGAGGUUGUCUUGUUACCUUUCAUGGGGAAGACUUUAA